GAAAAAUGAGAUAAGGAGGAAAAAAAAAAAAAAAAAAAGCAGUGAGAGAGAGACUGAGACUGAGAAGGACAGGAAGGAAGAGAGGAGAGAAAAAAUGAAAGAAAAAGAGAAGGAAAGCACGUGCUCUUCUGGGUCUUUGCCGACAGCGACUCAGCCAGAGAUCAUUUUGUGGUUAGUGAUUUUGGUGGCGUAUUGGACAUGAGUAUGCUGGUGGGGACAUGCUUGAGCCAUGGCAAGCUAAUGUACCUUCCCUGUUUCUGUUUCUGGUUGUGCUUCCUUUGGUUGUGUAUGUCUUACUUGGAAAAUGGGGUGAGGCUACCAACAAGAGGGAGAGAGUAAAUUUGCUUGCACAACUGGCUGCUGAAGAAGCUCGUAGAGCAGAAGCAAUGGCUGUUGCUGAUGUUAUUCCUCCUGUGUCUCCUUCAAAGAAUGUGCUUCAUUUGUGUGCCAGGUGCUUUAAUCCUGCUACAACACGCUGUGCCAGAUGCAAGUCUGUCAGAUAUUGUUCUGGAAAAUGUCAAAUAAUUCACUGGAGGGAAGUUCACAAACAAGAGUGCCAGCAGCUGGAAACUGCUAGCUCAAGCUCCUCUCCUGUGGGUGUCUCAAUUGAUGAAUCCAUUCACAAGAGGUUCUUAUUUAAUGAAAGCAUGGCUUCACAGUGCUUCGGUUACAACGUUGAACAGAAUGUGAUGGAAAAUGAACCUAUAGACAAUAUAGCUUGUCCUUCAGUAAGUAUUGGUGUCCCUGGUACAAUUGAUUGCUCAGCCAUUGGUAAUUCUCAAGUUCCCAUGCUUGAGAGAAGAAGUACAGAAAAGCGAGCUUCCCGAAAAUCCAACAGAGAAAUGUUAAGAAGAAAGGAAGAAGUUGCAUUUAAUUCUCCUGAAGAAGUCUCUGGAAGUCGGGCUGCAUAUUCAGUAUCUUCUAAUCAUUUUACACCAAAAGAGGUUCCAAGUGGGCACAAGUUAAGAAAUAAUGACCCUUUUGUGUCAGAAGGAGAAACACCACUCAAGCACAAUGUCACCAUGUCUGAUGUGCAUGGUUAUGGACAAGCUACUUCAAGGUGUACCAUGCUUGAGAAUGAUAAGUAUCAAAGUCAAUAUGGCAAUAAAUUAGAAUCAAGGAGUCACUGUGGAGUAUCUUGCUCACCCUAUUCAUUAAAAAAUAGAACAAAUGUGCAUGAAACUGAGAUGGACAUUCAGAAUGGGGGAGGCUUGCUUAAAGCAGAAAGGACUCCCUGUAACGAAACAGUGGAAUUUUUAUCUUCUGAGUCAACAGCAAUGAAGGGAAGUGUAAAAGCUAAAAGGCCACCAUAUUCCCUGGGAACUAAGAAUUCUAAAUCACCUAAAUCAGCAAUAAAAGAAACUGGAGAGCAGAAUUGUUCAGAAACAGAGAAGGGGCAAGUUGCUGAAGAAACAAAGUUCUCUAAAACGAGGGAUACUACUUCACAGAACAAUGGAGUUGCAAACCCAAGGAUUAUGAAGAUGAUGGGGCUAAAGAAGAAAACAAAAUUAACCAGACAGCAUUUCUCAGAAGCCGGUGGUGAUAGAUGCAGAAUUAAGAUGCUUUUUCCUUACAAAGAAUUUGUAAAGUUCUUCCAAUGCGAAGUGUUUGACUUAUCACCUCGAGGCCUAUUAAAUUGUGGGAAUAGUUGCUAUGCAAAUGCUGUCUUGCAGUGUUUAACCUGCACAAAGCCUCUAAUUAUCUAUUUGCUGCACAGAUCACAUUCAAGAGCCUGUUGUGGUAAAGAUUGGUGUCUCAUGUGUGAACUAGAACAGUAUGUAAUAUUGUUACAAGAAGGUGGAGGCCCUAUGUCUCCUAGCAGAAUUCUUUUGCAUAUGCGGAGUAUUAAUUGCCAUAUUGGUGAUGGGAGUCAGGAAGAUGCACAUGAAUUUUUAAGGCUGCUGGUUACAUCAAUGCAAUCUAUAUGCUUAGAGGGACUGGGAGGAGAAAACAAGGUAGAUCCCAGAUUGCAAGAGACAACUUUUAUACAACAUACUUUUGGUGGGCAUCUCAGAUCAAAGGUUAAGUGUUUGAGAUGUCAGCAUGAGUCUGAAAGAUAUGAAAACUUUAUGGAUCUUACACUAGAGAUAUUUGGUUGGGUGGAGUCGCUUGAAGAUGCACUGACUCAAUUUACAACCCCUGAAGAUUUGGAUGGAGAAAACAUGUAUAGAUGUGGAAGGUGUGCUACAUAUGUUCAAGCCAGGAAACAGUUAAGAAUCCAGGAGGCACCAAAUAUCCUAACAAUUGUCUUAAAGAGAUUCCAGGAAGGAAGAUAUGGGAAAAUAAAUAAGUGUAUUACUUUUCCUGACAUGCUGGAUAUGAUUCCAUUCAUGACUGGAACUGAUAUUCCUCCUCUUUACAUGCUAUAUGCUGUUGUGGUGCAUUUGGAUACGCAAAAUGCAUCUUUCUCGGGGCAUUAUGUGUCAUAUGUGAAAGAUUUGCGGGGCAAUUGGUUCAGGAUAGAUGAUACAGAGGUCCAACGAGUUCCUAUGAGCCAGGUUAUGUCAGAAGAAGCAUAUAUCUUAUUUUACAUGAGGUCCUGGCCCCGUCCUCAAAUAGCAUUCACUGGGAGUACUAUUCAGAAUCAAGUUCCAGAAAUGGCAGGUUGCUCCUUGAAAGUUCAGAAGCCUUCAAGGCCAGGACAAAGUAAACCAAGCAGCAGCCAGUUUGUUUGCCCAGGGCGUUUACCAGAUGAUCACAGACCAGAAACUACUAAGAGCUUUACCAACCAUGACUCUAAUGGCAUACGGAGAAGUGCCAACAGGAAUGUCAUGCCAGCCAUGGAGACAUAUGCUGAUCCCAUUGGCAUGGAGUUCUCUGAUGCUACAUCAAGUGAUUGGUCACUAUUUACAAGUUCAGAUGAGGCUUCUUUCACUACUGAGAGUACUAGGGACUCUUUCAGUACUGUAGAUUAUGCGGAUAAUGCAGAUCCAGUCUCAUCACUCUUCCACACAAUAUAUGCUCCGGACUAUUCCCGCAAUUCUGUUUCCUGUAGAAAAUUUUCAAAUAGUAAGCCAUACACCGGAUUUGUUUCUCAGGAAAAGGGCCAAAUUUUGAACUCCUACCUGUCAACACAACCCCUUGACAGAGUACCAAAAGGGCAACAAGUCAGUGGCUCUCCAACUGAAUUUUCUUCUGAUAGUAACUAUGACAUGUAUGUAAGAUAUGGGAGUAACCCAAUAUAUGGACUUGAUCAAACUUCUAGUCAUUGUAAGCUCUAGUUUAUAGAAAAUCCAGCUGAUUAAAUACAUAUUUUAGUUAGGUAGGAGAUAUGCCUCAAUUCCCCUUUUUUCCGUAUUUUGUUGAUUGAGGCAUAUGGUUCAUAUUAACACGGCAAAAAGAAUAGUAUUGUUAACUAACUUUUAAAAUAUUGCGGAAAAUUGUAUAGUUUUGGAAUUUCCAUCUGCUUC